UUUCGUCAAUUCCAGCCUUUCAUCGUUCUGUCUCCUAAUAGACGUUAUCCAUUCGUUAAUUCGGUCCCACAAUCGUCGGUUAUGUCAUCACCAUCGUUGCUUCUGCCCGGUCAACCCUUACCGGCCCAACUUAUCACCCCGCCCCUACCGAAAUGCGGAAAAGGUUGUUAUGAGCGCAACGGUCAAAUCUUGGCUAGUGUUGUGGGAAGACCACGGAGAGACGGUGCUGUUGUCAGCGUUAUAGGGAGGGAGGAAACCGUCGGUACAGUCGAUGUAGACUCCAUCGUGAUCGGCGUUAUUUCUAGAUUGACACCUCAACAGGCACAUAUGACUCUUACAACUUUGAGCGAUCGUCCCCUUCCCGAAUCUUCAGAAGAUUUCACGGGCCUGAUUCGAAUUGCGGACAUUAGGUUAACAGAAAGAGACAAGGUGAAAAUGGGUGAAUGUUUCAGAUUAGGCGAUAUUGUUAAGGCGAAGGUGCUAAGUUUAGGUGAUGCAAGGAGCUACUAUUUGUCAACCGCAGCGGACGAGCUGGGCGUCGUAUAUGCGAAAUCAGAAGCUGGUAAUCCCUUAUUGCCGGUUAGCUAUCAGGAAAUGGAGGACGAAGUGACUGGGAAAAAGGAGAAGAGAAAAGUUGCGAAGCCUGAAGGAAUAUAAUGUACUGAUGGUUGAUGGCGAUGUAUCCUUCUCCCUUAUUAUGUCAUUCUGUAUCAGCCAACAUGUUCUUCAACCGUUUGAGGUAUUUGCAUCGUUUUUGACUCGAUACAACUAGGCUGUAUCUAAUUUUGAAGACAAUGAUUAGUUGGGUUGAGGCUUAUAUCCUAUAAGGUCCAUCACGUGUCACGUAUAGUUCACAUUUUUUAACGCAUGACAAGGCAAAAUCUUCCAUCAUGACCGACCAAAGCUUCUCAGUUCCAUUUGACAUACUAAUCCCUAAUAUUAUCCAUCUUUGACCCGACCCACCUGGACUCUAGCGCUUCAGUCUGACCACAGGUUCACCAUAUGUCCUAGGUCUAGCUCCUGGCAGCCAAAUCGUCGGUGUGGCAGGUACGAAAUGGAUCUCCCAAGCUUCCCUAUUCUCGCCGUUCUUAAGUUCAAACUCCCUCAUUCUUCGCCUUCUUUCCCGUUUUCUCAUUCUUAUUCGCUCACUUCUCCUAAUCUCCCUUUCCCGUUUAGGCAAGUACAUGUCACCCUUUCUGGCUUGCCUUUCCUUCUCAUCUUCGCUUCCGUAUCCAAAAUCAUCAUCCGAUGCGGUUUCGCUGUCGCUCCACUCCGAGGCAUGGGAAUAGCCACGCGUACUGUGUGAUGGCCCAAUAGGCGGUGGGAUGACCUUCUUGCCGUUCUGGGCGGCAUAUACCCUGAUACCUCGUGGGGCAAAGAACGCAACAGCCCAGGAAGCGAGAAGAGAAUGUACGGCUUCAGAAAGGAUAGGGUCGGGACCAGUGUGUUGGCCUCUGGCUUGUCGAGUGAGCGAAUGAGAUGCGCCAUGGAGGGCCUCUCGAGCAAAGUCUUCGAUGAAUUUCAUCCUGAGACAGUGUUAGUGGGAUGAUGGAUAUCAUUGCAAUGAUGUUUUGAACUUACCAAUCUUGCUCAUUGACAUCCCUGCUAACGAGCUCAGGAGGAAGAUGCAGCUGGUGAGGAUGGUUGAGCAACUUGGCCGAAAAGGAAAAGGCUUCGAAAGGUUCGUAGCGGUAAUAAGAGUCAUGUUGAGCGGGAGGGCGGUCAAAGCAUGGUGGCCUAUGAC